CUAAAAACCUUAACAAUGGUGAAAAUUCUCACAGUGCUUCUUCAAUCCUGCAAUUUUCGCGUCUCCAUUGAAACGAAAGAGCUAUUUCUCUUAAUCGAAACGAUGGAGACUCCGAAAUCAGAUAGUUUAUGUGAUCGUUUAGUGACUGGGAACUCAGAAAUUGAUAACUGGAUUCGGAUCAUCGAGUACUUUGCCAAAUUCAAAUCUGAGCUUUGGAUGUUGCAUGAUGUGUUUGAAAUGGGUCCUAAGCUUCCAGAUUAUUUGGGUGAACACACCAAUGAGAUGGUAGCUUUCAGAUGCUUGGCUUCUUUGUUUGAUUGUUCUACUCCUGGACAAAGUAAAGACGUUGUUUCUGCUGAUGCUAACUCAAAGGUCGAGUUUGAUUCGUCUCAGAGCUGUGAAUAUGUUCUUCAAUGUAUCUUGGAUGAGAUACCUUUAUCGGAACUGAAACCAGGUGCACCAGGACUAUCCAAGUGGAAUCUUCUUCCUUUUAUCAAAAGCAAGCUUCUUUGUCUACCUAAUUGCGCUUUGGAACUGAUGCUUGAGCCAUCAUCCUGUGAGAAGGAUACUGAAGUAUUGCCUUGUAAUGAGGAAGAGACAUUGAGAAGUGGUGGCAAAGAGACUGAACGAGUUACUCCUCCAAUGGUUGAACCAGAUCUUAUGGGGAGAACAGAAGGCGGACAAUCGUUUUGUCGAGACCUUGGAGAUGGUGCUGAUGAGAUUAGUAGAUCCUAUAUGUUGCUCGAAAGAAGAAACGAGUUAUUUCAAAACGAAAGCGAUGGUCAUUUGUCAAGUCCUGCGGAGAAAAUAUACAGAUGCAUACGAUGCAAAGAAAGUGGGAUGCUGUUGUUUUGUUCUAAAGAUGGCUGCCAAGUUAUGGUUCAUCAGACAUGUUUGAAUUCGCCACCUGCUUACGAUGAUGCUGGAAACUUUUACUGUUCUCUCUGUGCUGUUACCUGUCCUUCAGCUGAGUAUCUCCAAUGGCAAGAUGAAGUUGCUAAAGCAAGGAAGAAACUAGUUUCGUUUCUUAGACUAAUGUCAGAGGUUAACAAGAAGAAAUCUGUCGAUGGAACCUGAAACGCUAUGUAGGAUAAAAGCCUUGUUUUUAUAAAUAUUCUAAGAUUGUCAACAAAGGGAAAUUACAUUUGCACUCAGUAUCUCCUCUUUGUUACAACUUUCCGUGGUAAAUAUACAGACGAGAAAAUUUCUAGUCA